AUGGACCUCCGAGGCGCAAAGAGACGGCUUGGGGGGAUAUGGCAGGUGACAUGCCUAGCUCUCGUCGUAUGUGUCCUGGAUUUAGUUUGGGCUCAGAUUCGUUAUUCAAUCCCUGAGGAACUGGAACAUGGCGCUUUUGUUGGAAAUAUAGCCGAUGACUUGGGUUUAGACGUCGAGAGACUCUCUGCGCGCAGGUUCAGGAUAGUUUCAGGAGCAAAAAAGCAAUACUUGGAGGUAAAUUUAGAAAAUGGUAUUUUAUUUGUAAACGAAAUAAUUGAUCGAGAGGAACUAUGUGAACAGAGUCUGUCUUGCUCUUUCCAUUUGCAAGUGGUAAUCGAAAACCCAUUGGAACUGUACAGGGUUGAGGUGGAGAUUUUAGAUGUGAACGAUAACUCACCCAGUUUUCCGUGGAGUGAGUUUAAUUUGGAUAUAUCCGAGUCGGCGGUACCCGGGUCCCGCUUCCCACUAGAGAGCGCGCAGGACUUGGACGUUGGCAGCAACUCGCUCCGCUCUUAUCUGCUGAGUGUGAAUGAACAUUUUGUCCUGGACAUCCAGACGCGUAGUGAUGGCAGUAAGUUUGCGGAGUUGGUCCUGGAGAGCCCCUUGGACAGAGAGCAGCAGAAUACGCACCAAAUGGUGCUGACGGCUGUGGAUGGAGGCUCGCCAGAAAGAUCCGGGACAGCGCAAAUCAAUAUAACAGUUCUGGAUGCAAAUGACAACGCGCCCGUGUUCGACCAGUCUUUCUACAGAGUGAGGCUUGUGGAAAACGCACCGAAGGGCACCGUUGUGAUAAAACUAAACGCAUCGGAUUUGGAUGAGGGUCCUAAUGCGGAUAUCACAUACUCUUUCAGCGGGCAUGCUCCCAUAAAAGUGCGCGAGCUUUUCAUUGUGGAUUCGCGCACUGGAGAGAUCAGAGUGAAAGGGGUCGUAGAUUAUGAAAAGGCCAGGAUGCAUGAGAUAUAUGUGCAAGCCAAGGACAAGGGUCCAUCGGCAGUGGCCGUGCACUGUAAAGUUCUGGUCAAUAUCUUAGAUGUGAAUGACAACCUCCCGGAGGUGAUCUUGACAUCAGUGUCCACACCUGUCCAAGAGGACGCCCCACCGGGGACUGUGAUAGCUGUCAUCAGCGUCAUGGACAAAGACUCAGGUGACAAUGGGAAUGUUGACUGUGAAAUUCCACAUCAUGUCCCCUUCCAGCUCCACUCCUCUUUUAAGAACUAUUACACUUUGGUUACUUGUGAUUUUUUGGACAGAGAGACGGUGCCAGAGUACAACAUCACUCUCACAGCAAGAGAUAUGGGCGCACCUCCCUUGUUCACAAGGAAAACUAUUUUAGUUCAAGUGUCAGACAUGAACGACAACACACCCCGAUUCAAGCAGCCAUCAUACACCGUCUAUUUGACAGAGAAUAACGCACCAGGAGCCUCAAUUUGCUCGGUUACUGCCCUGGAUCCAGAUUCAGACCAAAAUGCCUAUCUCUCUUACUCUAUUCUGGAAGGUGAUAUACAGGGGAUGCCCGUGUCCACCUACGUCUCCAUAAACUCAGACAACGGGAAUAUCUACGCAUUGCGUUCUUUUGACCAUGAGCAGCUAAGAAACUUUCAGAUUUUAGUCCAAGCACAAGAUGCCGGGUUUCCACCCCUGAGAACCAAUGUUACCGUAAAUGUCUUUAUUUUGGACCAAAAUGACAAUGCACCAGUCAUAGUAGCACCUCUACCACAAAACGGCACCGCGGCGACUGAAGUUGUGCCCAGGUCAGUUGAUGCUGGCUAUCUUGUGGCAAAAAUCACUGCGAUGGACGCAGACGCAGGUCAAAACUCGCGUCUGUUCUACCAGGUGCUCCAGGCAAACGACCCGAGCCUGUUUAGCGUCGCCCUGUACACGGGCGAAAUCAGGACGAUUCGCCGAUUUGUGGAAAAAGACCCCAUAAGGCAAAUGCUGGUCAUUCUGGUCAAGGACAACGGUCAGCCACCCCUUUCGGCCACAGUUUCCAUCAUCCUGUCAGUUGUUGACAACGUGCCAGAAUCACUGCCUGAUUUCGGCGACCUCACACUGAGCCCCCAGUACCGCUCGAACCUCACGCUGUACUUAAUAGUGUCUCUGGGCGUUAUCUCGUUCACGUUUCUGGUGGCUAUUAUCGUCCUGGCAGCGAUAAAGGGAUACAGGGACAGACAUUCCAUUCGGAGGUAUAACUGCUCUCUGAGUGCAUGCUGCGGGUUCCGAUCAGAGGAGUCUACCACUGAUGUGUUCAAGAAGUCCAACUUGAACGUGCAGAUAACCACAAGCACCAAAGGAUCCACGAACUGCGUUGAGGCAAAUGGCAACGGCCCCCUUUCUCAGCCAUACUGCUACAAGAUGUGUCUGACCCCGGAAUCAUCCAAGAGCGAGUUCAUGUUCCUAAAGUCAUGUAGUCCGAUGAAUGCGACUCCACAGAAGAAUAAUGCCAAGGGCGCAGACUACCCCAAAUCGGGUUGGAGCGCACAGGACUCCCGCAGCCUAAUAGUGAACAACGGAGCAACUAUUCCGAACGAGCUCAAGCAAGCGAACAUGGACUGGACAUUGACGAAAAAUCAACGAAAUUCAGCACACAAAAGCUUUAGCUCCAUGGAAAGGACCUUCCCACGUAGACCCAGGCCGGACCCGGAUGGCUUUUUCUGCCCGGUGGCACCACAGUACUAUACGUGGGGUAGUCAUAUGCGUGCAGAAUACAAGAUGUCCUCCCAGGUCGAAGGGAUUGGAGAGGUAGGAAGUGUUGGAAGUGUAGGAAGGGUUCCAAACCGUUCGUGGACCCCGAGCUACACCCAGCCUCCAUCUGCACAGCCACCACCUGACUACCAGCACAACGUCUACAUCCCUGGCACACCGUCUGGGUACUGCACUCUGAAGCCUGCACCCAGGGGGGAACUGGAUGUCUACAACUCAUUCUCUACGUUUGGAAAGAAUAAGAGGUUCAUCUCUAGCUAUGACCCGAGCUUUGACCAGAGAGAGGACAACCUGAUAAACAAUGACUUUUUUAAAUGA